AUGCAUGAUGAUGCCAUGAACUCGACGUUUACUGUGAUGCCAUCCGACUCGGACGUGCCAGAAGAAGUUAGAGGUGUACUGAAUGAGGACAAGCUGCCAAGCAGAAGCGCCCUUAUUGAUCGUCUUAUACGACAGCCAAAUGUUGUUCCUGUGGAAACUCCCGUCACUAUCUGUGGAGACAUCCAUGGGCAAUUUUAUGAUUUGUUGGAACUUUUCCGUACAGGCGGAGAAGUACCUAAUACGAAAUAUGUCUUCAUGGGCGAUUAUGUAGAUCGAGGAUAUUAUAGCUUAGAAACCGCGACACUACUCUUCGCUUUGUUAUUGAAGUACCCAGAUCGCAUGACACUUUUACGUGGUAAUCAUGAAUCUCGGAAGAUCUCUUCUGUUUAUGGUUUUUAUGAUGAAUGCCAGCAGAAAUAUGGCCACAGUGUGGUUUAUAGAUGGUGUUGCAAGGUGUUCGACGUGUUACCGGUUGGUGCUAUAAUUGAUGAUUCAAUAUUGUGUGUUCAUGGUGGUCUUUCGCCGGAAAUUAAAUCGAUUGAUAAGAUGUUGAAUUUGAAUCGUGCCGUAGAACUGCCAACAAAAGGCCCCUUAUGUGAUCUUAUGUGGUCAGAUCCAGAUGAAAAUGAGGAGGAAUGGGUAAUUAGUCAACGAGGAGCUGGAUGGAUAUUUGGAGGCACAGUUGCAAAGAAGUUUCUAAAUACAAAUGGCCUAGACCUCAUAUGUCGAUCACACCAACUUGUUGACGAGGGGUUCCGAUACCUGUUCAACGAAACCUUAUGCACCGUAUGGUCCGCGCCCAACUAUUGCUAUCGCUGCGGUAACGUGGCUGCAGUGCUAUCGAUUGCUGAAGACGGUUCAAGAGAUGUCAAGUAUUUUACGGCUGUACCACAAGAUCGUCGAGAAAUUCCCGAUAAGGUGGUCACACCAUAUUUUAUGUGA